UCGUUCAAUCCAUCAUGAUUCAACCAUGUCAAAAAAACAUUCGUCCCUCGUGUAAGUUCAUCAACAAUUAUUCGACGAUUGGAAAAUUUCAUUUCACCCCAGUGUCUUAUUUACGUCAACAAAAUUAGCAAGUAGCCACUUCAUUUAUUGUAUAAACGAAUAAAAAACAACUUCUACAAAAAAAAAAAUAAAUAAAUAAAUAAAAAAGGAAACGAACAAAAGUCAUUCUAAACAUGGAAGGUUAUCAUUUUCACAAAAAUUCUCGUUACACCAAGGAUGGUUAUCAAAAUUCGAUUUACCGCUUCCUGGUCACGGACAGCAACCUUAGAACACUUCUUGGCAACGAUUCGAAUUGUGGACCCGUCACCUUUUUCACGUGCGCCAUAGCAGUCACAAUAAUCGCGUGUGCACUGGCCAUUUUGAGAAUUUCCGAAAUUAAUAAAACACACGCUGAAAGUCUAGAGAAAGAUUCUGAUGAGAAAAUGCCAAGAAAGCAGAGCUUAUUGAAAAUAAAGCCAGUGUACGAGUGUGUAUACAAACACCUACGACACAGGGAUCUCUUCCAAGAAAACACCAAAAAAACACUAACAAUGGAACGACUGAAAAUAGAAAAUAUUUGCAGAGAUAUGACAACGAUUUUUCGACUUUUAGAACCGGAUGAUAAAACUCAGUGGAGGAGGUCAAGGUCACGCAAGGAGUUCAGCAGAGCAAUAAGUCCUGAAGUUAAAUUGAGGGACGAACCCAACGUAACAGAAAACAGCUAAUUUUUUUUACUUUAAACUUUCUUUUUUUUUGUCUUACAAAAUUAUCCAGAGAAGAGACGAAAAAAAAAUGUUUUCCAACUUUCUGUCCCAAGUACACAAAUUAUAAACGACACCAUU